CGGGGGUGUCUCCGAAAGGGGGGGGACCCGGGGCACCUGGGGAUGCUGGGGCACAGACACAGCACACACUGCCCCUCGCUUUGCCCCCCACUCCCCUCAGCCCUUGGGAGCGACGGGGCGGCACCAAGGGCGGGUUCUCCCUGAGUUCUCCCAAAAGUUGGCGUCGCCCACGGGGGGCGCAGAGCGGGGCAGCAUCCCCAGCCUUUCUGGGGGGGCUGGGGGAGAAGACAGCUCCAGCUGCUGGUGUGUAAGGAAGGGGCGAAAGCAGCAGCGCGUUCCCCUGUCCGAGGCUGGGCAGCCCAGCCCAAGCAGUGUGGUUGCGGAGCAACGGGGCACGGGCGGCGUCCCGGCCGCGCUUCCCGCUGUGGCGGGGCUGGGCUGCGGGAUUCUCCCUCAGGACCGGGGUGCGGGCGCGCCCUCAGGGCCGGGAUUCUCCCUCAGGGCCGGGAUGCGGGCUCGCCCUCAGUGCCGGGGUUUCAGAAGGAAGCAGCUGUUGCAGAGCCUCUCCCGCUCUCUGGGCCGGCUGCCGAAGCGGGAGCGCAGAGGGGAUGUCUCGGCGUAGAAAUAGCCAGUGGAGAAUUGCCACCUGAGCAUCUGAGAGAGUUCUGUUCUUUUCCUUUUUCUCUCCCCCGCAGGUGUUACAGCGGUGUCCCUGCUCAUUGCUCGCUCGGCACUGUUCCUGGAGCUGCAGCCUUUGAGGGUGAUGGAAAACCCAUCCUGCCAGUGGGUGGAUCUGUUCACCAAUGUAUGCCGGAGCAAGGGGCGGAGGAAUUCUACCAGCUUGUGAAGAAGCAGUCGCAUCCAGUAGUGUAUAUGGUGUGCCUUCUGGGACACUGAGGUGGUCACGAAGGAAGCGAGCAAAAAAUAAUGGAGAGAGUAGCCAGACUAUCAGGGGAGUCCUUUCAAGGAAUCCAGCACACCCCUCCUCCUCCUGACAAGGUGAGCUCCCCAUCCAUCUCACAUGUCCAGUGCUGCCACACAGCUAAUAAAGAUUCCUGUAGCUCUCUGCUGCCAAGAUGUCCAGUAACACACUGUCCUGUUUGUGCAUGGAGUCCAGGUCCCUUUUGCAAGCCCUUGAUACCCUCAACCAAAAGGAAUUUCACUGGUUCAUCACCAGAGGCUUCCCGUGUCCUGAGGGGCGCUCGUGUGUUGGCAAGGAGAGAAACUGAUGGCUUUUACUACCUGGGCCGCAUUGUCCAGGAGCUGAAGGGCACCAGGGAAGGCUUUUUAAUUGAGUUUGACCAAAGCUGUGCUCUGAAGGGCAAGGUCCAGUGUGGCUGGCAGGAAACCCCUCUCUAUGACAUUCUGCACUACGAGGACGCCCGGCGACACCCUCUUGCUCCAGGGGACAGAGUCUUGGCACCAUGGGAGGCUCCAGCCAAACGUUUUGGCCCUGGCACUGUGCUAAGGAUUGUGGAGAACACAGAGGCACCUCUAGUAUGCACUGCACACAAUGAAAGGGGAGUACUUGUGAAUUUCUGGAAUGGGCAGACUAAGGAAGUGUCUUCUGUCCAAGCUCUGCGGAUUCCCCUACCCCUAAGCGAACGCAUCAUCCUGGAGCUGCAGAUGCCUUUGGCAGCCCGGCAGAUGGUGGUAGAUUCAAGCUUGGAUUACCCAUACCUUGUGGCACCAGGUUAUAGAGCCUCAGGGCACUACAGGCAGAGUCACCUGGAGCUGGAUUGCUGCCCAGGGGCUCUGUAUUCCACUCAUCCCUGUGCAAAGUGCAGGUGUGGGUGGACCUCACUUCCCCAGUGCUGCCUUGGAGCCUGGGAACCCACACGGCCUGCAGAGUGCAAAGUGCAGAGGGAAAAUGCCUUCACCCCAGGGCCAAGCUUGUCUGAAGAAAAGCUCAGCCAGAAAAUCGAACAGGAGCUGUCUGAAUUGAGGAUUGCAUCUUCAGAAAGUGUUUCCAGAGAGGAAGAGAAAAAGGAAGAGAAGCGAUUGGAGACAGAAAACUUUCCAAAGGGUCAUGAGGCUACAGAAACCGAGAAGGGCCCUCAGAAGGAGAUGGCUCAUGCUGUGGUCGAUGCUGCUGUCAACACAGACAGCUGGUUAAUGGAAACAGAUCACAAGGAAGAAGCAGAGAACAGACAGCAGGAUGCUGAAACUGAAGCUAAUUUUGAACAUGAGCAUGGCCUUUUUGAGUCCAGAGUGGCAGAAGCUGCAGUCCAGCAUUCCCAGAGGAGCCCUCCCCUGGGAAGCAGUGCUUUGGUUCCUUUCAGGCACCAGAGCUUCUUUGCCCAAGUGAAUCAGUCCCUGGAGAAAGACAGCCUGACCAUCAGAUCAGCCCUUCGUGUGCAGAGACCACACAGCAGCACCAGCCUGCUGGCUGGGAGAUCCACACAUCUCCCACAUCUUCUAAAAGACAAAAGCCCCACAAAAUUGGUCCUUAGUGGUGCAUCUCAGGAGAGGUGGAAAGAGCUGGACUUCAACAGAGCCAAGAUUGAGCACAAAAGGUGGCAAGAGGAGCAGAGGCAGCUGAAGAGGGAGCAGCAGCAGGAGGCAGAUGGCACCCGACGCCGGCUGCGCAGGGACAGCCAGAGGCAGCGAUUGCAUCAGAGAACAUUGCAAGGGCUGGAGAAACAGCUGGAGCACAAAGAGAGAGCUUUGCAGCACAUGGCACUGCUCCAGGCUGCUGGGGCUGAGAGGAGCAGGAAGGAAUCCUUUCCAGAGGAGGAGGAGGAGAGGAAGGCAAGGCAGAGGCUUCAGUUCUUAAAGACACAACGUUUGCAGAGAGAGGAGAUGCAGGCAGAAAGCAACAAAAGGAACUGUGAACAAGAGAAAGAAAGGCUGGAGUUCCUGAGGAGCAGGAUGCAGUCACGGCAGGAAGUGCUGGAACAAGAAUCCCAAGAGCAGGACAAACAGAAAAAGCAGCUCCAGGCUGCCAAAGUGAGAGUGUUCCAGAGGAGAGAGAGUUCUUAUUUAAAGAUGGAAAAAGAAGGCCAGAAGCUCCGUGCCCUCCAGCAGUACCUCAGGGAACAGAAGCUGCUGCUGCUCCGGACAUCCCUGCUCGCGUAAGGAAGCUGCACAGUGGGUGAGCAGGGCCUGGAGUUCACACAGUCAGGUGUGAGUCAGUGUGCCACAGCAGAGCUGUGAAGGUGGCAUUAGGAUUCCUGGAGAUGUCUUUAAUCUUCCUUUCACUGCAGCCAGAGUGCACUUCCACUGCUCUGUCCUUUACCUGCCUUUUUUCCUGGGGUCACUUCCCCCUCUGCUGAGAGGGAGCGGCAGGGCACAUCUAGAGGCACUUUCCUCCAUCAGAAAGGAGGGGUUUUCUGGUGCAUUGCACUAUGGUGAGUGGAGGUGCCAAAGGAGAGGAGGAGGAGGUUAAGCUUGUCACAUCCUGAAGUGCUCUCCCUUCCUCAUAUCAUCUGAGGUACAGAAUUCCCUGUGGCACAGCAAUGGGCAACCAGAAAUUUCAGACAGGUAUUUAGGAAAGGAGACUAGACAUGGCAUAAUUCAUUUGCUGAAACAGUCAGAGCUGUAUGGAAACACCUUUAUUUUACACAGAAUUAGGCUAAAAUGAAUACAAUCUGUGUGAUACCUUGUUUCAAGUAAUGCCUACAAACAAACUAGAUACAAAAUUUAAAUUCAGCCUGACUUUUUAUGUACACUUAGAAACAUGAUACACAUUUUCUGGCACAUGAGAAAAAUGUAUUCCUCUUACAGCACCAGUGGUAAUGGUAGUUUCUUUUUUUAAAAAAAGAAUUAAGAAAACUUGUAAAAGGGAGAUCCUUUGAAAUCCUGCCAGAUCUGAAUAGCCAGCAGUUGCCUAGCAGUGUCAGACUGCAUUCCUCCAGGGAUAAUGGAGAGGCUAUGCCUUCAGCUUUUCCCUAAAAAGACAUAGUGAAGUCUCUCAUCCAGAUGUUUACAAACUACUCUGAGACCUUGAUAGCUGAAAUGGGUAUUUUUAAACUUAAGGAUCCAUAAUGUGCAUGAGCCAUCCUCAGAUUUUUGUUAAAAAAAAAAAAAAAGGAAAAGGAAAGAUGAACUUAAAUAGAAGGUUUUAACAAACAAAAUGUCAAAGUUAAGGUCUGAAAAAAAUGUAACUUGCUUCAGAUUAUGGAGGAUUAGUUUUUUAGACAUGAAAUCCCAUCAUUUGGAACAGUUUCCACUCUGUUGAGUGUCUGGAAAAGUUGGCUGGAAUUUGCCCAGCAAGAACAUGGAUGCUUGUGCAUGGCACACACCCUACUGAGGGAAUGUGGGUGCUGGUGGCACAUGGAGAUUUUCUUUAGGUAAUGUUUUGGGAUUGCUUGCUUCUCUUCUUGUUUGAGUUCUCUUUUACAUAAAAUCAUGUGCUAGUUAGGACAAUGCCUGCUUGUGACUCUAACUAGACUUAAAGAAACAAGCUUGAAAACUUACAGGGUGUUAAAUUCUACUCCUGCUUUUAUCCUUAUGCAUUUGGAAAUGGAAUAUGCAGUGAUUAAAUGAAAGUACAUGAAAUAUACUGAGCUGAUUCUAAACUU